AUGAGGGAAGAAAUCCUGCAAAAAAUACAUGAAGGCCACCAAGGACAGGUCAAGUGCAAGCUGCGAGAAAGAGAAUGUGUCUACUGGCCAGACAUGAACAGAGACAUCGAGAGGGAGACGGCAAAGUGCACAACCUGCCAAAAGCACAUGAGGAGUCAGCAAAAGGAGCCGAUGGCACAAAUGGAGCUGCCAACGCGCCCAUGGCAGAUCAUCGGCACAGACCUCUUCCAUCUGAACUCCCAAACGUACCUGGCCGUCGCAAACUACUUCUCGAAGUUCCCGAUCGUAAGGAAGAUGCCGGAGCACUGCACCAGCAAAGCAGUCAACGCUCUGAAGGAAAUUUUCGCGGAAUACGGCAUCUCAGACACCAUCAGGAAUGACAACGGACCACAGUACGACUGUGAGUCGUUCGCCUGCUUCACGAGGGAGUGGAGCAUCGAGCACAUCACGAGUUCACCCCACUUCCCAGAGAGCAACGGUUUCAUAGAGCGGACCAUCCAAACGCUGAAGCAGACCAUGAAGAAGGCUCUAGAGAGCGGCAGUGACGUGCUCAUGGCGCUCCUCACCCUGCGGACGACGCCCAUCGACAGUCACCUGCCAAGCCCAGCCGAAAUCCUCCAAGGGGUUCCUCAAACAAUGCAGGAGGACCUUUGA